AUGAUUCUUAAUGGUUAUAUCCCAUUUUUAAAAAAUAUCAAACAUUUUUUUAUAUUUUGUAUAUUGGUAACGACGACAACGACAUCCCGAUAUUCAAUAGUAAAUUGUGAAUAUGAUCAAUCUGAACAAGGUUUAAUUAACGACCGUCGUAAUUUCAAAUCUAUUUUGAGAAAGAGGUCAAUUAUUAAAAAUAGAAAUGUUGAAAAUGAUCAAUUAAUUCAAACUAGACAAGUUAAUGAUUCUUUUACUAAUGUAACAACAAAUCAAAUAAUUAAUAAUGAUGAAAAUUUAGUACAAAGUUCUUUUUGUGGUGGUCUUUGUAUUUUAGGAAUUAUGGUUGGAAUAAUUAUUAUAAUCAUAUCAAUCGGUUUUGGUUUGUUUUUUGUAUUAAGAAAAAGAAAAAGACAAAGAGUAGGUGGUGAAAAAGAAAUUCGUGGUUCAAAACGUAUGACUCCUAGUUCUCCAACUACUACCGAUGAUUUCCUUAAACCUUCAAGUCCACCACCAUUUGAAUCAAGAUUAAAUGAUGAAGCUGAAGAAUUUGCUCAAAAGCAUCCUCCACAAGAAGAAAUUCCUCCUCAUGAACAUGUUGUAUAUAUUCAAAGUCUUGGUGGUGCAAAAGCUUGGGAAUGGGUACCUGAUGAAGAUUUAUUAUCACAACAAUUCGUUACAAUAACCAAUGAAGGAAGUAUCGUCACUUUUAAAAAAAGAAUUGAUUCCAUGGUACAAACAAAUUACCCUUUCUUUAUACCUCAAACGGAAGGAGAUACAAUUUAUGAACCUCCAUUUGAACAACCUGAAACUAUGGAAAAAAGAAUUGGUUAUCAUUCAAAUGAUGGAAAAAAAUUCAAUGACGCACCUAGUGGUAGAGAAUAUGGUCCUAUGUGGGGUGAAGUAGGUGAUACAGUAGGUUGUGCUUAUAAUCCAGAUGUUGGUCAAGUAUUUUUCACAAAGAAUGGCCAAUUUUUAGGGAAUGCAUUCGCAAAUAUCCGUCAUAUAUGGUUUCCAACUAUAGGUGCUAAUGGUCCAUGUACUAUUGAAACUAAUUUUGGUGAUAAUCCUGAUAAAGAAUUUAGAUAUGAAAAUGCACGUGGUUAUGGACCUGGUGAAUCAGGUAGUCCUCGUAGUAGAACAGAUUAA